AUGGAGUGGAUAUGCGAUAAAACACAGAAACAAUUUGUGAUGGACAAACCCUACAAAAUCAACACUGAGGAGGCCGGUGACUACUACACAAACCCUGACGCCCUAGAUGUGUACACGGAUGGGUCGAAGACUGACACAGGUACUGGAGCAGGAGUCUACUGCCAAGACCUCAACAUACGGAUUGCACAAGCGCUUGGUUUGACCGACAGUCCUCUGUGCAGAGCCUGCAUGGAGGAGGACGAGACACCGCUACACGUUAUGCUCAGUUGCAGAGGCGUAACGGAACAACGAGCAACCUACAUUGGCUCCUCAGCGACACUCCAUGAGGCUAUCGGCGACCUGGGCGGCCUGCUAAGCUUCUGGAGCGAGCUCGGCUGGAUGGAAUAAAUCCAGCGGGAACCUACACCAAGGGACCCACGCACAACGGCCAAACACUUGGCUAAGUGCGGAAACGGCCCAGAAGAAAGAAGAAGAAGAAGAAGAUGCAUCUCC